AUCACCUCGACGGUAUUCCCUCAAGGGUCAAAGACUGGUACGAAAAAGACUCUGACAUUUAAGCGCAAGGGCGAUUUCGACCUGCAGUUUGCAUAUCGGGUGGCACCAGCACCUGAAUUUCCGACAGCUCUGCUGGAGGUCAAGAUUACAGGCGUCAAGGAGGCUUUUGCUAAUUUGACAGAAAAUGGAGGUGUCGAUCCCGUGAUCAAGGCUACCAUUCAGCUGUCCGAGUCUGGUUUCAUCUCAGUGCCAGAGGUUGUUGCAUAUGUGGACAUUAAAGAUGAAUCGAUUGCAGGUAAAUUGAAAAGUUUGUUUGGUGAUGGCACUUCGUCCUCAUCCACCGGAGAAGAUGCGUCGGCACAGGUAGCUGAUUCAUCGUCCACUUCUACCUCUGCCAAAAAAACGAAGGCACCAAAAGUACUGAAUUCGAUCCCAUUAAAUGUGGAAGUCAAGUUUACGUCUGUCGCUCCGAUGUCUGUGGAAAGCAAGCGGGAGGCGCGUCAAAGAUUAUUGGCUAUAGAAGCUCAAGAGGCUGUGGUGGUACAGAGAGAGGAACAGCGGAAUGCUAUCGAGAGCUAUAUCUACCGCUUGCGCGACCUUUUGGACAGUCACGACGGACAAGCUCCCUUCAUCAAGUGUUCCAAGGAAUCAGAGAGGCAAGCGAUGAGUCGCAAGCUGGAGGAAGUGUCUCAGUGGUUCCACGAUAAGGCCGAGUCUGCGGAAACCGUAGACUUCAUUGCAAAACGAAACGAGCUAGAGUCACUCGAACGGCCAGUAGUCCAUCGUUACGCAGAAAUUGAGGAGUUCCCUCGAGCGCUGAACAGCAGUCAGAUGUGGAAUUGGAGCACCCGCCUGUUCCUCACGGAGGCCAAGAUGAACUUGACAGAAGAGGAGAAGACGGGUGUUCAAGGCAAGUACACGCGCGAGGAGCUUGCGAGCCUAGAGAAAACACUCAAGGAACAUGAGUCAUGGCUGAACGAGUGGGUGGAGAAGCAGAAGGCAGUGAAGAUGAAUGAGGACCCAGUGGUCGAGACGAAGGAGAUGAAGGAACGGGCGAAAGUUUUGGAGCUUGCGUUGCAGAAGUUGGUGAUGAAGAAGCCACCUCGGAUGAAGAAAGCGACGGCUAGCAGUUCGAGUAGUUCGGGUUCGUCAACGGCGGACUCUGGUAGCUCAGGCCCCUCGGGAUCGGGAGGUAACACGCUUCGAGAUGGGCCGAAGAGCGUAAAGUUUCCAGAAAAGCUCUUGAAGGUCCUGGAGCAUAGGUUAGAAGAUAUCGCGAUGGGAAAGGAUGCUGCUUAUUCGGACCAGUUGAUCCGCAGAACGAUGGCAGUAUUCUACGGUCAGUUCAAAGUCGAUUCAUUCAAGCGACAGAUGAAGGAGAAUCGUAAGAUCGAGGAGCUGAUCCUCAUGUUCGCCACUCAUGCCACUGGUGUCUUGAAGAAGGAUCCAGCGCUCGCUGGUGAUGGCUGGAAGAUUGAAUUGAAUAACCACAUUGCACAGUUCGUCAAGCUGCUACGGGAGUCGCUGCGCAGUGUCAGCCAUGUCUCCCCCGAACUAACGAGCCGCUUGGACAUGUAUGCAUCCAAAUUGGCUCCCGCAGCACAGGUUCCAAGUGAUUCAGGCUAUGAGUCAUCGUCAACAUCUCGGGAUCGCGACUCGAUACAAUCCGUUCCUGGUGCCAGUGCGAAUGUCUUAGACAUGCCGCUGGUGAUGAUCGUUUCGCGGUUGUUCGAGAUUCGAACAGAUCUACUUCAGCGAGAAAUUGAAAAGAUGAAAGCGUACUGCACAGAGCGAGCGGCGCUUCUGGAUUUAAAGACCUGUCUGAAGAACAUCACCGCAGGUGCACCUUUUCCAGGUCGUCGCGAAGACUUUGAUAGCGAAGCAGCAUGGAACCACUGGAAGACUCUCGAGACAUCACAUCUUUCUCAGCUGAUGGUACUCCUCGUACAAUUCAAUCCCGAACUAGCGAAAUCGCAACCCUCAGACAACGCACCCUCACGCGCUCGUCCUGGUUCGGUAUACUCGCCCACUAGUGCCUCGCGUACUGGGUCGAUCAGCAGCCGGCGGUCCGUUCUCGCUCUGUCACAGAAUUUCUCUGACUUUGAUUUCGUUAACGUGAAUCACGAAGAUCUGGAUGGCGAUGACGAGGUUCAGGUGGGACACAACUUCACGUAUAUUCCUCCGAACCCGAAGAAGUACUACAAGCGGCUAUUGGAGUACUGUCUUGAGACAGAUCUUAAGGCUAUGCACGAUCCCAACGUUGACGACGAAGAUCAGGUUUCUCUAGGGAUUCUCUCUCCCGGGCAUAUCGAAUUAAUCAAUGAAUGUGCUUUGCGCUGGCGCAUCUCGCAGCCCUACCGUGCUGCAUGCUUCUUGGACCUCAUCAAGCAACUUUACGAGCGGAACGAGGUACCACUGGAUUGUAUUCCUGAGGCACUUGGGUCAGUCGCGAAAGUCAUGCACGAGAUCACUUUUGAGAUGUGGCCUAUUCAAGAUUCGGAAUAUCUUGUUGGAAUUUACGGAAGUCUGUACAGCGUAUUCCUCGCGUCUCUUUACCACGCUAUGGAUGCUCUGCCCGCGCUCAAACGGGACGAAAUUGAUCGUUUCCUGGAUAUUCUGGAGCUGGUGAAAAGUACCGGGUUGCUUGAGCGGUUUGACGUAGACAUCAAUGCGCGACUGCAAGACAUAAAGGACCGAGUACGAAGUGUUGCAGGACAUUUCUAUGAGGAGAAGAUCACCGAACUUCAGGCUGCUCCAGGUGUCAACAGGGCACUUCCUCUCUUGCUGGUGAGCGACGAGAUAGAGAAGGAGGCCAAGAAGCUGGAUAAGAGAUUCGGGGAACCGUUGUUGGAACAAGUGGAUCUCGUAUCGCUGAUCGUAGAGGUCCAAGUUCCCAUGUUCAUUCAUGAUCUCGAAGCAUCCCAGAAGCGAUUAUUCGAAUCAUCAAUGAACGGUCCCACACCAGAUGUUCCCAUUCAAGAUAUAUUCGCUCUCUAUCGUCGUACAAAGACUUUGCUCGGGAUGCACGAAGCAUUCUGUCCCGACCACAUCAUGGAUUUCGAUCUCGGAGCUUUCUUCGAGCCCUAUGUCCGUCAGUGGCUCUUCAAUACAGACAACAAAACAACACAGUGGGUUGAAGCGGCCAUCGCAGCCGACAAGUUCGAAGCCGAGGACACCGAAGGCCACAGUUCAUCCAUCAUCGAUCUCUUCGACUCUCUCCGUAGUCCCAUCAACUUUUUGCAAGAUCUAGAAUGGUCAGAUCAGUAUCAAGAAGCUCGCUUCUUCACCAGCUUGUCUAAAACGAUCAGCAAGGCGGUCGAGCAAUACUGUCGACAUAUUGAAGAGCUCUUCAUGAAUGAGAUGUUCCCUCGACCAGCGGAGUUUCUUCAACCCCAGAAGUCUUCUGCAUGGCUCGAGAAGGCCAAGCAGCUGGCUCAAGGCGAGAAGAAGGUGGAGCCAUUCAACUUCCAGGCGGCAUCCUGCGUCAAGCUCAACAACAUUGAAGCGGCGCGCAAGCUCCUUGAUAACAUGUACAACCAGAUGGAGGCGGACAAAAUCGUUGACACCAUCGAGCAGCAUGGCCCACCUGUACCUGACAAGAACGAGCGACAACGGUUUCUCUUCACUGUCAAGAUUGCCAUCGCGGAGGGCCUUACGCCUUUGGACAGUAGCCCAUCAUCUGAAUUGGAUACCUUUGUCACACUAAGCGACGAGGCUGGCAACCGGCUAGCGAAGACUCGCACGAUUUACGAGACUCUGAAUCCACGUUGGGAUGAGACUUUCGAUGUGUCGGUCGACAAGGCGCUGUGGCUGAUGGUCAGUAUUCGAGAUCGAGCACUGAUCGGCAAACAUGAUACCGUGGGACGGGCAUAUAUCUGCCUUGAUCCUCGAAGAUUCGGGGACUUGAUGGUACAUGAUCAAUGGUUGGAUUUGGACUCACAAGGCCGGAUCCUGCUUCGAAUCAGCAUGGAGGGUGAGAAGGACGAUAUACAAUUCUACUUUGGACGCGCCUUCCGAUCUCUGAAACGAGGGGAGGGUGACAUGGUCAGAAUCUUCAUCGACAAGAUGUCCCCUCUCAUCCGACAAAACCUCUCCAGGCCGGUCCUCAAGACACUGGUCAAAACCGGUAACUCUGGGCUCGACUACAACAAAGCGCUGGGCAACGUCACCGCCCUCUACCGAUCAGCCAUCGGCGGCGGCUCUGCAGACCCGCAGAUCCCUCUACCGUCGUCCGAGAAGCCACGCAUCAAGCCCGAGGAGUUGACCGACGUCGAGAUCGAGCAAGCUAUUCUCCCGCUGUUUGACUACUUCGACGCCAACCUCUCCACCCUGAACACUUACCUGAGCGAUGCAACGAAGGAGAUGGUCAUGACGCGCUUGUGGAAAGAGAUCUUGACGAUCAUCGAGGGGCUGCUCAUCCCGCCACUGUCGGAGGCCCCGAGCGAUAUGAAACCCUUGAGCGACAAGGAGGUGGACAUCGCGUUCAAGUGGCUCAAGUUCCUGCGGGACUACUUUUACGCGGAAGGAGAAGGCCCCAUCCCGCUCGAGACGUUGCAGAACCAGAAGUACCGCGACGUCGUCUCAAUACGGCUGUACUACGACUGGCACACCGACGCGCUCAUGGAGGAAUGCGUGCGCAUGAUGCAGCAAACCCUGCGGGCGCAGCCGUCCAUGAAGAGGCGCGCCAAGAGCGUGUACUCGCAACGAAACCUGGGGACCAUCAAGGAUCGCAAGCGGGAGAAGAAGCAAGAGAAGGAGGUCAGUAACGGGGAGACGAUUAUGCGCAUACUGCGGAUGCGGCCCAACACGUCGGACUUCAUCGCGCAACAACUGCAGAUCAUGGUGACGAUGCGUACGGAGCAGGAGCAACGGGAGAGGGAGAAGCAGACCCGGAAGCUGCAGCGACCGAAGCACGCGUCGCAGGUCCCGGAAGUCCCGCCUCUGCCCGAGAUCCCGGCGGCUUCCUCGUGAGACACGCAAACGGCGGCGAGCCCGAACCCAUCCUUUCGAACAAGGACGAUACCUCACAUACUAUACCAUUGCUUUGUGCUGAUUUAUGGUCCCGCUUUUCUUUCCUUGAUGAAAUAAUUUCUCCUCUUUUUUUUUCUUUUUGUCUCGUCUUUUUGCUUUCCGAUAUGCCGUCUCGAACACGUGCGCGUGUGCGGACCAACAGCUGUAUUCAUGUUGUAGGGACAGCUCGACCGGGCGUCUAUUAUACACAAUGACACGCAGUAUUUCGGUUC